GUACAUUAAUUAAAAAUUAUUAAGAUGAGAAGAAAGUGUAACUUGGAGCUCAGACUUGUCCCUCCUUCUUGUGUUUCAGCCCCAUACUUCGACUCCAGGGGAGAAAAAGAAAGUAUAGAUCAAGAAAAGCAACAACAACUAACAAUAUUCUAUGAUGGUAAAGUUGUUGUUUCUGAGGCUACUGAGCUACAGGCUAGAGCUAUUAUAAAUCUCGUAAGUAAAGAAAAGAAGGAGAACAUAAAGACACAAUCAUCACCGGCAUAGUCAUCACUUUUGGAGCUACCAUCACCAUUAUUGCAGUCGCCAAAUGGGGUUUUCAUGAAGAAAUCAGUGCAAAGAUCUCAGAAGCAAAAGAGUAGAGCUCAAGCAAUUUCUCCAUAUAAUCACUAGCAACUAAAAAUACUUUUGGUGUUCUUUUAUUUAUUCUUUUCCUACUUUAU